AUGCUUUUUAACGUUAUCCAACAUUCUGUUGUAUUUAUUGCAAAAAGUCAAACAACAAAAAAAAAGGAGAGGAUGUUGGCAGUAGCUAGAACAAAUGCAGUUUAGUUCAACUAAUGGCUGAAAAAAAUGAGCUGUCACAUUUGCAAUAACUAAGAUAGUCAAAACGGCAACAGGCAUGUUAAAACAAUUAGUUAGAAUGUUGCCACUGCUGCGCCCUUCGUUGUCCUGGUUGUUUGUUCUAAUAUCAAUGUGUCUAUUGACUUGUGGCUAUUGGCUCUGGUCGGGGAUUCGUCUUGAGAAUGCACUUAAGCCAUUGAGCAAACUAACGGUGGAACAAGUUCAGGUAUCUGGACCCGCACCCACAGAUGUCUAUGACUAUGAAGAACAAUUGGUGGUGCUAUACAAUCGAGUUCCUAAGACCGGGUCAACCAGCUUUGUGAACAUUGCCUACGAUCUUUGCAAGUUAAAUAAAUAUCAUGUCUUGCAUAUUAAUGUGACUGCCAAUAUGCAUGUUCUAUCGCUGCCAAAUCAAAUUUCCUUUGUACGGAACGUGACCAAGUGGCAUGAAAUGAAGCCAGCCCUUUACCAUGGCCAUAUGGCAUUUUUGGAUUUCUCAAAAUUUCAAAUUGCCCAUAAACCAAUCUAUAUUAAUUUAGUUCGUAAGCCUUUGGAUAGACUUGUCUCCUAUUAUUAUUUUUUACGCUUUGGCGAUAACUAUCGACCAAAUUUGGUGCGAAAAAAGGCGGGCAAUAAAAUUACUUUUGAUGAGUGUGUAGUUCAGAAGCAAGCCGACUGUGAUCCAAAAAAUAUGUGGCUACAAAUACCUUUCUUUUGUGGCCAUGCUGCCGAGUGCUGGGAACCUGGCAGUGUUUGGGCCCUAGAUCAGGCCAAACGUAAUUUGGUCAAUGAAUAUUUUCUAGUCGGAGUCACUGAGCAAAUGUAUGAUUUUGUUGAUCUGCUGGAGAGAUCGCUACCCAGAAUCUUCCAUGGCUUUCGUGAGCAUUAUCAAAACUCAAAUAAAUCUCAUUUACGUGUUACAUCAUCCAAAUUACCACCUAGCGAAGCGACUAUAAAAGCCAUACAGAAAACAAAAAUCUGGCAAAUGGAAAAUGAUUUAUAUGAAUUUGCUUUAGCACAAUUCGAAUUUACUAAACGUAAGCUAAUGCAACCUGAUAAUAAACAUUUGCAAAAGUUUAUGUAUGAAAAAAUACGACCGAAAUGAUUGUAUAGAAAUCGGAAAAAGGCAAAAAAUAGAUUAAAAUCAAGCCAGGUCUAUGCUCCAUAGACCAAAAAAUAUCUCUAGAUAUUAGCUGAAUGAAAUUAAUUCCUACAUGCAUAGAUUCUAUAUACUAUAAAAUUGUAGAAUUCAAUGUAAAUGUGUUGCAUGUACACAAAUGAUAUAAACCAUCUGUUCUUUAAAUGGAAUGGAAUCCAAAUCUUGGAAGACACUAAAGACUUAAGCAUUGAAUAUCAUUGACAUAUUAAUCGACAAACAUUGUAAAACACAAAAAAAAAAAAAACGAGAAAACAUACACGCUUUAAUAUUUAAGCAAUAUCUUUAGCAACAAUUUAUAUGCACAAUAUAAAAUAUAUAUAACUUUUAUGUUUAGCCAAUUUUUUACCUAAAUAGAUGUAUGUACACUUGAACAUAUAUCUAUAGGUACAUAACUAUAAAAAAAAGUUAAUAUUUUUCUGUAUACAUGGACAAUACAAUUGAAGGAAUCGAUUUUUUCUAAUAUUUCAUAAGAACAUACACUCAUACAUACAUAUAUUUGAUAUUACUACUGGACCCACAAGAUCUAUACGACACUUGCAAAUUUAAAAUUAAACUGUCAUAGUUUUAAGUAAAUCAUAAGUGUAAAUAAUUAAAUAUCUAUAACUAACUUGA